GCUGAGAACGCGCGUGUGGAGCAGCAGCAGAAAGAAGAAACGCACAGACACAGCAGCGCGAUCAAACACUCAACCAUCGACACGAAGCUUCUGCGGCAAACACAUGAAACACGAUGAAUGCCAAACGCGUUCGCUGUGUUUCACAGGCGAUGAGGGUUUGUUGAGGAGCGAGGACGCCUGACCUUUUUUUAUUUGUCUGUCACAUCUGAUGAACAGCAGCGCUCGAAGCGCAAGAGGAUCCGCAUUUUGUCGCGGUUUUGUCCUCAGCGCCUUUUAUUUGUUGAUGUCUGGCCUCGUUUAUUCACUCUCAGCUAAACGAAAGAUUUAGGGGGGAAUCAAAUAACCAUUUUAACAGCGGGAAGAGGAAGAGCUGUGCGAUCCUUCAACUGCAGGAGCAGAAAUGUGACAUUUUUCACGCACGCAUUCAACCAUCGACCAUAUCGGAUGCUUUAAAUCGAUAAAGGGUCCAUCUCUUAGACCGUAAUUUUCAAGGCAACUACCACGGAUUAUAUCUUAUACUAAGAUGUCAUUAUUUCAUGUCGCGUUCCUGCUGCUCACUGGGCUGGGAGUGAGUUUGUCUCAAGAUGAUAAGCCGACGGUCCCAUUUGGCUGCAGAUUUGGACCUCCAAGACCAUACACUCUCUUAUGUGACCUGGAUGCUAUAUGGGGCGUGGUGGUGGAGGUCGUAGCAGCGGCUGGCGUGUUAGCUGCCAUGUUACUGUUGAUGGUGCUACUGUGUCGGCUGCACUCAGUGACCGAGGCACCAAAGCGAAGUGGCAUCGGUCCAAUUCUCUUACUGUUAAUGGGCAUUAUUGGGCUGUUUGGGCUUAGCUUUGCAUACCUUAUCGAGCAUAACGAGAGCAUUUGUGUGGUGCGACGUGCCCUCUGGGGUUUGUUUUUCUCACUCUGCUUUGCCUGCAUGUUAGCACAGGGCUUGAGGCUGCGUAGGCUGGCGCGCGAGUCUCGUAGCCCUGGUGGGUGCGCCCUUGUUGGACUAGCUCUAGGGUUAUCAGCAGUACAAGGUAUCAUUGCUGCAGAGUGGCUUCUUUUAACAGUGCUGCGGGAGGGUAACCCGGCUUGCGAGUAUCAGCCACUGGACUUUGCACUCGCUUGUGUUUAUGUGGUAGCGCUCCUGCUGGCUUCCCUAGUAACUGCAGCAUUAGCACUGUGUGGAAAGGCACGACAAUGGCACUGCAAUGUCGUGUGGCUUCUAGUCUCCUGCUUUCUGUCCAUUCUCCUGUGGGUGGCUUGGGUUGGCUUCUACAUCUAUGGAAACAGUGUUCUUGGGAAGUCUCCGGACUGGGACGAUCCAGCAUUGGCUGUGGCGCUGGUAGCACAGGGUUGGUUGUUAUUGCUGUGCCAUGCUGUUCCUGAAGCCCAUGCCUGUCUUCGAUCACCACCUCAGCCUUCAGCUCCAGACUAUUUUGACACAUCUCAGAAUUCAUCACGCAUGAGAGAGGCCAGCCUUGACGAGGACAUCCCACUUUCACACAGGCAGUUUGUGGAGAACCAGGGAUAUGCGUUUGAUGAAAAUGCUGCAGGGUUGAGAAGUGGUAGCCAUCAUAAUGGCAACACAGGGACAAGACCCAGCGCACCCUUCAGAAGUAACGUCUACCAACCAACUGAGAUGACCAUGAUACUAAAUGGAGGAGCAGUUCCAUCCGCACCUCCAACAUACACGGGAAGGCAGCUUUGGUAAAGGAGGAGUCUGGGAGAAGGGUGAAUGGGAAAAGUGGUGUAAGCUCCUGCACUGUAAAAAAAAUCUGUGAAUGCGGACUGAAUGCCGCCAAUGCUCCAGUGACACUGAAAGGACUCGGAUAAUGGGGUGUAUGUAUGUGUGUGCGUGUGAGAGAGAGCAAUUUGACAAGCAUGAUAGAAGGCUGUUAAAUCUGGACAACUCUUUGCACCAUCAAUAGCUGUAGUGAUUUUGAGUUAGUGUUCUGGUAAAAGUAUUGAUGCAGUUUUUCUCCAUCAAAACCGCUUUCCAUUCCAACAGUAUUUUAAUUUUAUCAUGAUCUCAAAUACACCUAAGUAUUUAUCUUGCUCUGGCUUCAGGUUCACCCUGAAGUCAUAUCGGGCUCUGUAUGUUACAUGAAGAAGUGACAGAUCUGUCUGUACUGCAGUUGUGAUUGUGCAGUAAAACUUGGACAUUUUAUCAUUCUGUGAUAACUGGACACAGUACUUCGGUUUCUCUGGUCAAACUAUUUUUAUUUCGUGAGUUGUCUGUGUAUGAAUGACUGGCGUGCAACUGUAGUGCCAAGCCCUACGCAACAUGCUGUGACAAAUCUUUAGCAUUCUUCUAUGGACUCUUUAGCUUAAAUCUCACUCGAUUCUAAGCGACACCUCGUUGCAAAUGGGCUGUAUUUUUAUACAUCAAAUUAUUCUUGCGUUUCGCCACUGGAGCUGCGAAAUAUUUAAUCAGUUUUGAGCUCUGCUCUAACAGUUAUACAAUUAACCUUCAAAUACCUACUACUACUGGACAGAUCCCAGUGGAAAUAACUACGAUGACAAAGCAAAGCAGGAAGGAGAGGACAAGGGGUGGAGUGUUAAUGUAAUUCAGAUUAGGCUUGCCAGUCUGAAUCAUCAUUGUAAAACUGCAACUCUAAAUGGCCAUAUACACACUGCAAAGUUUUAGGGGUGAAAACUCCUAAUGUGGGAAGCUACCCACACAAGUUAGAGUGCUUGAUGACUAUAUCACUGUUAAUAGGUUGAUUUUUGGUUUGUUAAUAUGUUUUCGUGAGUGUGUCUUAACUUUUUUUUUAGCCUAAAUAACAUUAGAGCCCAAGUAGGCUACAUAUUAUUUAGUCAAUGUAGUUCAGAGAUUUCAAGCCCCCAAAACAAAAUAACAGUAAUCCAGAAAUGUGAUUUAAAUAAUUAGAGUUGUAUGGAUUACUUCGAAAUGUUUAAAUUCACAUAGAUUUUUAUUUUAUUUACAAAAAGAGAUGAAAUAUAUUUUGUGUGUUUCAAAGAAGCUGAGUAUGGGGAUGACAAAAUUUUCAUUUUUGGGUGAACUGUCCCUUUAGGCACUGAAAAAAAGUGACGACUGCAGUAUGUACAUGGCCACAGUAUCAGAGAUCAGAGAACUGUGGUAAGAGCAUCUGGUCAGUUCAUUUUUCAGAUGGGUCUCUUUCUUGAUGUUUUUUCCUACGAGAGUGACAAUGUGCUUAACCAGCUGUGUUCGGAAAGUGUUUUUGUCAUUGAUGUUUGCUCCUUCUACUGUGCUGUAACCUUCCAAAAGGGACAGUGAGUUGUAGAGAAUAACUAUGAUUUCCUUUUAUAGUUAUGCAUGCAGAGUCCUAAACCACUAAACCAAUCACAAGAACGAAUAUAUAUAUUACAGUUCAGUAUUAGGUUGUUUUCACAAAACCAAGUGUGAACACUUGUUUGAUUGCUUGGUCCAAUUCAGAGUUCGAUUCCACCCUCCUCCCCUUGUUAUACAAGGUGCAAAAGGCAAAUAAUGUGCUGUACACUCAGUAUACUCUGAGAAUGCAAAGAUGUAAAUUACACGUCAUCAAUGGCAGAUUAUUUCCAUAAAAGAUGGAUUUCUGGAGCCGGUGUGAACCGUAACCCAGAACCCAAUUUGUGGUUCACUGUUGCACACCUGAGUUUCCUGAGACUUUACUGAUCACUGUAGACGAGUAUAGAUUUGGUGUUGAGGUUAAAAGGUCUUUUUGCUUAGUUUUGGUUUCAUUGUAGAGAGUAGUUCAUCUUAACAUGGUAUCAAGCCUAAACUCUCAAUAACCAGCCACAGCGUGACCAGGACUGGGCGAGAGAGCUAAUAGUUAUAUGAACCUUUUUCUAUAUUUAUUAAUAUUUCAUUUUUUCUUUAAGCAUAAGUGCAUUUAACCCAAAGAACAAAGGCCUAAAAUAUACUAACAGUAAAACAGCCAAUUAGCACUUUAAUAUGUGAGUUUCAAAGCAAUAAGAGGUUAAGGAGGAGAACUGUGAUAUUAAUUGUUAAAGGGGUCAUGACAUACUUGAGCAUAUCUGUCUCUGUCCAUUUGAAUGGAUUUCGAUGCUCCUCCUUGUAGGCUCAUUAUGAUGCAUAUAGAUUUGCAAUUGCAGAAUUGAAUAAUGGCAACCAAUCGAAUAUAGCUAUCAGCAGUGUCCAAUCCUGCUCCUGGAGAGCCACUGUCCUGCAGAGUCAACGCCAACUUGGCCCAGCACACCUACGUGGAUGUUUCUAAUGAUCCUGAAGACCUCAAUUAGCUGGUUCAGGUGUUUAAUUGGGGUUGGAGUUGACCUCUGCAGGACUGUGGCCCUCCAGGAGUUGGACAACCAAUUAUAUUUUAUAUACUGCUGUACAGUAUAUAAAAAAAACUAAUGAAUCAGCUCUAUAAAAACAAAAUAAGUACUGCAGCCUGCAUACACGCCUGUCUAGAUUCAUCUAGAUGCAUUUGAAACAGCAGUUUUUUGCUCUGGGUUCAAAAUUUCUCAUCCGAUUAAUAAAAUCAUCUCACUGUGCAUAAGGAGAUUGUAAUAAAUUCUCACUGAGAUGAUACCGAGACCAGAACUACAAAGUUCUCGGGCUGUUACUCUGGCACCUCACCACUUACUGGUGUGUCCAGUUUACACUCAAAAUUGCCAUUGGAUGAUCCGUAAAGGUGAUCCAAUGCUAACACAUUGAAAAUGAGUCAGUUUUGCAACUUUGUUUCAUUUAUACUUGCAUAUUGCACCAAAACAUUGCUGGUCCAGAAGAAAGGGGCUGGGUUACCAUGACCAGCAGGACGAAAGCUGGGUGUUCUGCAUGGCACUGAUGCAUCUCAUGCUAGUUAGGUGUUUGUGUUUGGCCCUGCCACGCUAGCGUUGCUGGGAAAGAUGAGACUUAUUCACUGAUGUGAGUUCUGGCUCUGUGGUGUCUCUCUAGCUUGUGGAAAGACAAACCAGUUUUUAAAAGGCGCACCAGCUCCGAACCGUCACUGCACUGGCUCUGAACUAGCGCCCAGUUCACGCUGGUGGAAAAGGGCUAUGUGUGGACAGUCAGUUAUUCAAAUCAGAUUCCAUCUGGAUAUGCACAAAAUUUAAUUUGGGCUGACUGUACUAUAAAGGCUUCAACAUUGCAAAUAUCAAAAUUCAGUAAGUUGUCAUGACCCCUUUACUGUGAUCUACCAGUCCCUUAUUAACCUAAUUUACAGUCAAACAUCUUGAUAGCAAAUGCUGCAAAUAGUCAAACUGGGAUAGUUGGAAUGUGCCUCCAUAAACAGCAGGAUCCAAUCAAACAGGUGUCAUGUCAUCUCAUCCCCAGUAUCUAUCAUCAAUUUACAGAGGUUCUGAAGGACAUAGCAUUAGAUUUCUACCUUGCUUAAACGUCCAUGUGAGCAUACACACUGCGUUUUUGCAUUUGAUGUGUCAAAGUGCAGUUCGUAACACAAUGCAAGUACUUUACAUGUUGCAUUCUCAGAACUGUCGCAAGGGGUGCUAUAGCACACACUAGCAUGAACUUCCUCCGUCAAUGGUUACUUUUUUUUCUUUUAGAUCAACUACUGUCAUGGUGGAGCAGUAAGUUAGUUAAACUGUUAAAAGUUACCUUCCUGAACACUAACAUGUAUGGUUUUAUGGCACAGACAGUAUUUGAAGGUAACUAUUAUCCUAGAGUACAAUGAGAAGCUCACUUGUAAUGUAUUGAUGACACAUUUGUAUCUACGUUUGCCUAAGGCUAGUUCUCGCCUCAAUCCUGAGAUGCAGGAUCCCACUACACAGGCAUUAAAAGAUUUCACUAAAGGUUCUGUGUGAAGGGAAAAGGGUCCUGUUGUGUAUUAGAGCCUUUAUAUUAAUAUAUUGUUUGUUGUUUAUGUUGUUUGGUCAGCUCCUGUAUGUGUGUGUAUAUAAUAUGCGCACAAAACGCGUUUGUCAGGGUUAACAUGACCGUCAUAAAAUAACCUGUGUACUGUAUUUCCACAUGACUGAAAAUGAGUAAGGCAAUGUCAGUGUGAUUAUAAUGAUACUGAAGUUUGGUUGGUUAUGUAUGUUCAUACAGUUAGAAAAACAAUAGUGAGAUACGCACAUAAUGUCUGUUUCCUGAAAUCUUCCAUACUACUGAAUUUCCCUUGUUUCUGUGUUCUUCACAUCUCUCACCUCUUGGUUGUUUUGCCCUCUGUAUCAUCAGGAGCUGUGCAGUGAUGCAGCAUGUCUAUGUUUAGAACGAUUUCCCCGAAAAACAAUAUAUAUGGAAUAAAACAAUUCAACAACCA